AUGGAAAAACUAAGCAAAAACAACAACGUUCCGACAAUCGAUCUCUCAGUUUUCUUCAGAGAUGGAGACGAAGAAGCCAAGAAGGCGGUUAAAGAAAAGGUGGGCCGAGCCUGCACCGAGUACGGCUGCUUCAUGGCCAAGAAUCAUGGAAUAUCGGCUGAGCUGAUGAGCCGAGCCAUGCAGCUUUGCAGGGAGUUCUUUGAUUUGGAAGAUGAGGAGAAGCUGAAGUGCAGCCCUAUUGCCGCCGGCCCCGCGUGGCGGAUCCCGGCUGGAUACACAAAGCAUCCGGCGCACUCGCCGGAUAAGAACGAGCAUUUGCUGAUGCUUGCACCUCAAAGCGGGUUAAACGUUUUGCCAAACAGUCCUCCUGGAUUUAAGGACGCCGUGGAAGAGUUGUUUGAAAAUUUCACAAAAACAGGCGAACUAAUACUAAGCAUCUUAACCGAUUAUAUGGAUUUCCCUCCGAAUUUUCUCAAGGAAUUUAAUCAAGAUCGGAGCUGGGAUUGGAUGAACAUUAAGCGCUAUUUUCCAGCUACGGAACCCGAUAGUGUUGGAAUUUCGAGUCACAAAGAUGGGAAUGCGAUUACGUUUGUAUUCCAAGAUGACGUUGGAGGGCUUGAGCUUCUCAAGGAUGGACGGUAUAUUCCUAUUCCGCCUUCUCCCGGAACAUUGGUUUGCAACCUAGGCGAUAUUUUUCAGGUCCUCACAAACGAAAAGAUAACGAGCCCGUUGCACAGAGUUGUAAGUCCAAAGGGAAGUAGCCGUUACUCGUUUUCGUUUUUCUAUAAUAUGGGAGGAGACAAGUGGAUCGAACCGUUACCCCAAUUCACUACAGAAAUUGGUGAGCCGCCAAAGUACAAAGGUUUCAUGUUUAAGGAGUACCAAGCUUUGAGGAUCAGAAACAAGACUCAUCCACCUUACGGGGAGUCGGUCGACAUCACCCAUUAUGCAAUAUAG